CCCUAACUAAAAUCAAAAACAUUUUAAUGAAUUGAGGAAGAACCAGACCAGAAAAAUGGUGCUAUGGUCGUAUCCACCGACAAAGAAUCAGCUAGCGGUGACGGUAGCGAUGGUGAUCACCGGAGCUUCAUUAAUUGCAUACGGAGCUCAUCUCUCUCUUGUAAACGUAGCUCCUCAACAAGCUCGAACUCAAGCCCGUAAAGAUUAUGUCAAACAACGCCUUCGAAGGAUGCUCGAUGAUUAAAUUUAAUCCCAUCUAAUUUUGUUCUGUAUUUUGCUUGCAAUUGCUGACCUUUAUGGAUUUCGUUAUUAAUUUUUAAUUUACUUCUACUUUUUGAA